GUUCGGCGCGUCCGCCGCCGGGCCCUACGGCGCCCUCAAGCCCAACCCUUACGUCAGCGCCCUUGGCAUGCCACCGAUCGAGGCCCUGCACUCCACCAUUGGCUACCCGGGUUGUACUCCCGCGGGUGAGUCCUACUACUGUAAUCCGAGGAAGCAGAGGCGGGAAAGAACGACGUUUACCAGGGCACAGUUGGACGUAUUGGAGGCACUAUUCUCCAAGACCAAGUAUCCGGAUAUUUUUAUGCGGGAGGAAGUGGCGAUGAAGAUCAACCUUCCCGAGUCGAGAGUGCAGGUGUGGUUCAAAAAUCGCAGAGCCAAGUGCAGACAACAGCAGAAGCAGCAGCAACAACAACAGGACAAAGCUCCGAGGUCGAAGAAACCCUCGGGGAAUCCGACCAACAAUCCGCCCUCUGGAAAAAGUCCUUCGAUUGCUACCACGCCCACGCCUGCUGCCGUGGUGCCUGCCACAACACCCCUAAGCGGAGGUACAGCUGGUUCAGCGGCCAGUUCACCGGCGCUCCUGAGGGACUCUCCCCAGUACAAGCCAGCAGGCAGUGGGACCAGUUUACUCUUGGCAGCCAGUACAACUCCGCCAAGCUUAGGGGGAACGGUGUACAGUAGUGGCGGCAGUAGCAGUAGUAUCUGGAGUCCAGCUGUGACGGAGAGCGGCGGAGGAUUCCCCGGUGACCAUCAGAGGUUAGCAUGGACAACAACCGCGUCUCAGCAGCAGUGCUACCAAAAUUACUCGUCUUACUACACCAACAUGGAUUAUCUCUCGCCUGCCACGCAUCAGUUGAACGUUGACGGCGGAGGAAGCGGUUUAGACAACACAUGGAGCAAAACGAGAGACGAGAGUGCUUCGUCCUGGUUUUACAAUAGCGCCGGUUGGGGCGACCGGAAGUGAAUUGCAGAGGCGCCGAGUACGCGAAGGCUUUGGUACAUAUCAUCGAGAGUAGCUAAGCGGAGGACUAUGGAGAUCGAUGGCAGUUGUUGUUAAUAAGAGAGACACGGCCAAAGACAGUCCUCUUUACGCUAGACAUAUCGUUAAAUCGCGACCGCCAGGCCUCGACACGUUACCGUGUGACUCGUGAGUGCCAUAUUCGUUUCCUCCUGUGUUCCACGAAGUUCAAUUUCUCCCCGCGUACUGAUUUGUCUCGAUACGAUCGACGAAACAGCUGAUCGCGAUCAAGCGUGGAAAAGGAUGGAAUACCGAGAGAGAGAGAGAGACAGAUUCGUGUCGAAGAGUAAGUCGUUCGCGAUCAGCUGUUUCACCCACCCAACGUGUUUACUUUCCGUUCCUUCCUCUUCGUUGAAACGUGCAAUUUCCUGAUAAUUAUCACGAUCUCCCCACCCCUUCGAUAUUCGUUCCCACUCAUUGCUACACUAGUCAUUCAGGGAUAAGAAAGA